AUUGGUGUUCCAUCUCUUCGUCUAGUAAUAAUAGUACAGUGGUACACAGUACUUGGAUAAAUCAGGUAUAAGGAAGGGGUGUUCAAGAGAGCAUGCCAAGUUCGACCUUAUUUUUGAGACAGUUAAGUGGGAAGGAGGCUUGGAAAUCAACAUCAAACAGGUGGAGUGGGAAGAGUAGAUAUAGCAGUGGUUGGGGAAUGAACUUCGGUGGUGGGUGUGAGGGAAGUCUGAAUCAAAUGGAAGGGUUUAACAACAUGUACGGGAAUGAGGACAAUGGAAUGAUGGUGAAGAAGAGAGUGAUGGUGGUGGUUGAUGGCACUUCACAUUCCAAGCAUGCAAUGAUGUGGGCACUCACUCAUGUAGUUAAUAAGGGUGAUUUGUUGACUCUGCUUCACAUUGUCCCUCCACUCAAGGGUUCUGAUUCUUCUUGCUCCACUUAUCUUGUCAAUUAUCUUGGAUCCCUUUGCAAAGAUUGCAAGCCUGAGGUGGAAGUGGAAGCGCUUGUAAUCCAAGGACCAAAGCUUGCCACAGUGAUGAGCCAGGUAAAGAAGCUGGAGGUCUCUGUCCUGGUACUGGGCCAAAAGAAGCCAUCUUCUUUCUUCAGCUGUCUUUGUGGAAGCAGCAGCAGCAGCACAGAGGAGUUCGUGGAGCAUUGCAUCAAUAACGCAGAGUGCUUAACAAUAGGAGUGAGGAAGAGAAGCCAGGGCACGAAUGGUUACCUUAUCAGCACUAGGUGGCAGAAGAACUUCUGGCUUUUGGCUUAGAUUUAAGGUUAAGUAGAUGCUAGUUUAAGAUCUCAAAAGGGAUAAAUAAGAAAAUUAACCAUAAUAAUUGGAUCGCCAUCUGUUGUGUAUU